CACGAUGCGGGGACUCCGCUUCAUCCCCAUCGUCGCAGCCCUGAGCUUCCCCGCGCACUCUUUUGCCCAGGGGAAGACAAGGAUUCAUGAAAAUGGUCGCUGUGCCAUUCGCGGUCAUUGUGGGAAGCAGUCGUUCUUUGGCGGAGAGCUUCCGUGCCCUGAUAAUGAUGCUGCAAGAGAGCCGGAGGCUGCGGUGAGGGAGAAAUUGGUGAACCUGUGCGGCGCUAAAUGGCAGGAAGGGCCGGUAUGCUGUGAGGAAGAACAAAUUGAUGCGCUUUCGAAAAACCUUAAGCUCGCUGAAGGGAUAAUCUCCUCGUGUCCUGCCUGCAAAGAUAACUUCUUCAACAUAUUCUGCACCUUUACUUGUUCGCCAGACCAGUCGCUCUUCAUCAACGUUACCAAGACUGAGAAGGGAAAUUCUGGGAAAGAGCUAGUUACGGAAUUGGAUAAUAUAUGGUCGGAGGAAUAUCAGAGCGGUUUUUAUGACAGCUGCAAGAACGUCAAGAACGGCGCUUCGGGUGGCAAGGCUAUUGAUUUUAUCGGAGGGGGCGCAAAGGAUUACCAGCAGUUCUUGAAGUUUCUGGGCGACAAGAAGUUUUUGGGAAGCCCGUUCCAGAUCAAUUACCACACAGAACCUCCGGAAGACUCUCAGGGUAUGCAGGCACUACCGAUUCACCCCAAGGCUUGCAAUGAUGCAGAUCCAGCAUACCGUUGCUCUUGUGUUGAUUGCCCCGAUGUGUGCCCCGAGCUUCCUGCAAUCAAGACCGAAGAACAUUGCCACGUAGGGCUUCUCCCGUGCCUGUCGUUCUCCGUCAUUCUCAUAUAUUCGGUUUUCUUACUUGGCGUGGCUGGAUUUUCAAGCUAUUUCACCUAUAGAGAACGCAGGUACCGCAAGCCUGAACGGGUGCGACUUCUACAGGACCCGAAUCCGAGCGACGACGAAGAUGAGGGCGACAUUGUUCACGCUGGUGGCCAUUUGGAAUACCCUCAUGGAUAUUACAAACUCAACUCUAUGCUCGAUACAGUGUUUAGUCGUAUUGGGUCCGUUUGUGCUCGUUUCCCCGCGUUGACGAUAAUAUCAAGCGUUGUUGCGGUUGUAUUAUUGAGCUUGGGGUGGCUGCGGUUUGCGGUGGAGACGGAUCCGGUCCGUCUCUGGGUGAGCCCUACUUCAGCAGCAGCUAAAGAAAAGGCAUUCUUCGAUGAGAAUUUUGGACCGUUCUACCGCGCAGAGCAAGCAUUCCUCGUCAAUGACGACGAGACUGGUGAUGGUAGGGUUCUUGAUUACGACACCCUGACCUGGUGGUUUGGCGUUGAGUCGCGCAUUCGCCGCGUAAUCUCUUUGGACCGUGGAUUGUCAUUGGAUGAUAUAUGCUAUAAACCUACCGGCGAUGCAUGUGUGAUUCAGUCUGUUACUGGUUACUUUGGUGGCUCGCUGUCGAACCUGGACCCAGAUACCUGGCAGGAUCGUUUGACGCAUUGCGCCAGUUCACCCGGCGAUGCCAGCUGCCUCCCGGACUUCUCGCAACCUUUGAGACCGGAGAUGAUUUUAGGCGGCUAUGAGGAUUCAGGGAACGUUCUAGACGCCAAGGCUUUGAUAGUGACCUGGGUUGUGAACAAUCAUGCUCCGGGCUCAGAAGAAGAGGCCGAAGCGAUUGAUUGGGAAGACACUUUUAGAGGAAUAUUCCAGGUUGUCCAGGAAGAAGCAAAAAACCGUGGUCUCCGUGUCUCUUUUACCACAGAAGCGAGUGUCGAGCAAGAACUGAAUAAGUCAAGCAAUACUGAUGCGAAAAUUGUCGUUAUCAGCUAUAUCAUCAUGUUCAUCUACGCAUCCCUAGCUCUGGGCUCUGUGACGAUGACAUGGAGAUCGCUGAUCAACAACCCUGCUAAUGCUCUGGUGCAGUCCAAGUUCACCCUCGGCGUCGUCGGCAUCGUCAUUGUUCUGAUGUCAGUGUCCGCGUCAGUUGGGCUGUUCUCCGCUGCAGGCGUCAAGGUCACAUUAAUCAUCGCUGAGGUGAUUCCUUUCCUUGUCUUAGCUGUUGGUGUGGACAAUAUAUUUCUCAUAGUCUAUGAAUUUGAGCGCCUAAAUGUCAGUCAUCCGGAUGAAGAGAUUGACGAGCGCAUUUCCCGAGCUAUUGGUCGCAUUGGUCCUAGUAUCUUUCUCUCCGCUAUUACAGAAACCGUCGCCUUUGCGCUGGGAGUCUUUGUCGGAAUGCCCGCAGUCAGAAACUUUGCCAUCUACGCAGCGGGUGCUGUUUUUAUUAAUGCUGUCCUGCAGAUUACGAUGUUUGUUUCUGUUCUCGCCUUGAAUCAGAAGCGCGUCGAGAGCCUCCGCGCGGACUGCAUUCCCUGCUUGACUGUGCGUAAGGCUCAUUCUGGUAUGCCUGAGGACUUGGCUUUUGAUGACCAGGACAGGGAAGGCAUCCUCCAGAAGUUCAUUCGCAAAGUUUAUGCGCCUCUCCUUCUUAACCGCAGAGUGAAGGUAGUGGUGGUGAUCACUUUUCUCGGCAUUUUGGCCGCCGGGCUGGCUUUGACCCCAGAGGUGGCUAUGGGCUUGGAUCAACGUAUUGCAUUGCCGAGUGACUCGUAUCUGAUUGACUACUUCGAUGAUCUGAGCGAAUACUUUAAUAGUGGUCCUCCGGUAUACUUUGUCACUCGAAACGUGAACAUCACCAAAAGAGAACACCAGCGGCAACUUUGUGGCCGGUUCACCACGUGCGAGGAAUACUCACUGCCAUUUGUGCUGGAGCAAGAGUCGAAACGGUCGAAUGUGUCUUAUAUAGCCGGGGCCACUGCCAGCUGGAUUGAUGACUUUUUCUACUGGCUAAACCCGCAACAAGAUUGCUGCUAUGAAGAUGGCAAGCUGUGCUUCGAAGGUAGAACACCCGGUUGGAACAUCAGCCUGACUGGUAUGCCAGAAGGCGCCGAAUUCAUCCACUAUCUUGAGAAAUGGAUCAAGUCGCCCACGGAUGCGUCAUGCCCUCUCGGUGGGAAGGCGCCAUAUAGCAAUGCCCUCGUUUUUGACCCAAAACGCAUCACGACCAACGCAAGCCACUUCAGAACUUCCCAUACUCCCCUGAGGACCCAGGACGAUUUCAUCAAAUCUUAUAUCUCUGCUAGACGCAUUGCUGAUGGCUUAUCAGCAGAGCACGGGAUUGAUGUGUUUCCUUACUCCAAGACGUACAUUUUCUUCGACCAGUAUGUGUCUAUAGUACAGGUCGCAGGUACUCUGCUUGGAUCUGCCGUGGCAAUUAUCUUUGCUAUUACCUCUAUUCUGCUCGGCUCUGUUGCCACAGGAGCCGUCGUGACAGCGACGGUCAUUAUGAUCGUGAUCGAUAUAAUUGGUUCCAUGGCCAUAUCCGGCGUCUCACUGAACGCCGUCUCUCUCGUCAACCUCGUUAUUUGUGUGGGCAUUGGCGUCGAAUUUUGCGCCCAUAUCGCCAGAGCUUUUAUGUUCCCAUCGCGCAGUAUCAUGGAGAUCGUGCCCUCAAAAUUCCGCGGCAAGGAUGCGAGAUCUUGGACAGCGCUCGUGAAUGUAGGGGGUAGCGUGUUUAGCGGCAUCACCGUUACCAAACUUCUCGGAGUGUGCGUUUUAGCCUUUACCCGGAGCAAAAUCUUUGAGAUCUACUAUUUCCGGGUAUGGUUGGCGCUGAUCAUCUUCGCGGCCACCCACGCUCUCAUCUUCUUGCCCGUUGCGCUUAGCUAUUUUGGCGGAGACGGAUACGCUGACCCUGAAGCCAGCGGGGGGUUAGAGGAGAACCUUGCGUCGAGAAGUUACCGCUCCCUGUUGGUUGACGACGAUUACGACUCAGACGAAUAUUAG